UAUAACUAUUAUGAAUUUAUGAAUAAUGAAUGUGUAGGUAUCUUAUUGUUAUUAAAAACUGUUUUUUUCUAUGAAUAAUAACCGAUUUAUUUAAUAUAUUUAUUUGAGCAUGGUUUAAAUAUAUAUAGACAUGUGAUACGAUAAUGAUAAUACUUAUUACCUUAUUACUGUGGAUAGUUAAUAAUAUGUGGAAUUCAUCAUGGUAAUAAACUUCAUUUGGUACUGGAUGUAACGAUUUGAUAUGAAUAAAAAAAUCAGGAAAUAUACCUAGUUAUUUAUCUUACAUUUUAAAUUACUGAAAAUAAAUUAUAAUACAAAUAACAUAUUCUAGUUUCAAUUAAAUACGUUAUAAAUUUAUAGUAUUCGAUAUUGAUGUCAAAAAUAAUUAAAUAAUAUUAUUCUUAAAUAUAUUUUAUAUAUUUUACGUAUUUAUAUUUUGGCGUUAAAAUAAUACAUAAAUAUAUAUUAUAAACAUUUAUAUUUAUCUUACAUUAUUAGUUUAUGAUAAUCAAUCGUAAUGUUACACUUGACAAAAUAAAAUUUCAUUGACGAACUCUAUUGGUUACUUUCAUUGUAAUUGUUUAUACUAAUUGUAAAUAUUGUAAAAAUUAUUUUAAAGUACAUAAUUGUUCAUUGAAUUGACCGCUAAAUCGAUUUUGGUUGUAUAUAAUUAUAAGUAUUAUACUAUUAUCUAUCUCUUCUGCAUCUUAGUAUUUAUUACUACAUUAAAUAACUCACGUUAAAGAUCUACAAUUUGUACACUCACCUACAAGGGUUAUCAAAAAAAAAUAUCUAACUAGUUAAUUCGCUAUCUAUUUCCCUCUACAAAACCUUUAAUUAUUAGAAUAAGAUUUUACAUUGUUCACUGAUAAACAUAAUAUAAACGAUUAUUCGAUGAUUUAUAUUUUGUUGGUAAAAACGUAUGAUUUUUUUAUCAAUUGAAUUGUUUGAUUGCGAAUAAAAUAUUACCUAAAAAUCAUUUUAAACAUUUUCGUUUUUUUUAAUAUGUGAUUUACGGUGUGUACGAAAUACGAAGUUAAUUUAUUAUAUAUUCAAACUUUUGAGUAAGCAUGACUUUGCCAAAACAGGAAGAUGAACCGACUAAAUCGGUAGUGAAAAACGAAUUGAUUUUGGCUAAACCCAAUUUGAAAGGAGAUUGGUUGAAUUUAUUUCUAUUAUUCAUGCUAUACUUAAUGCAAACCAUACCAAUAGGCUUAGUCACUACUAUUUCAAUACUUCUGCAAAGCAAACAAAAUGUAACUUACAAAGAACAGGCUUUUUUUGGUCUAGUUAUGUGGCCGUUUAGUCUAAAAUUGUUAUGGGCUCCUUUGGUAGAUUCAUUCUAUGUACAAAAAUUUGGGAGGCGUAAGUCUUGGCUCAUUCCAAUUCAGAUUUUAUUGGGAGCAUGCUUUUUUUAUAUGGCUGACAGUAUCGAUGACUUGUUACCAGAAACGGGAAAACCAAAUAUACUUAAACUAACAUGUAUAGUUAUAUUAUGUAAUUUCUUGGCUGCUACACAAGAUAUAGCAGUUGAUGGAUGGGCGUUGAAUUUGCUACAAAAAAAUAAUGUGGGCUAUGCAUCUACAUGCUCAUCAGUUGGUCAAGGAAUGGGUUUAAUGUUGUGUUCCGUAUCCCUCAUUCUGUUUACGUCAGAAGACUUUGGUAAUAAGUAUUUAAGAAUUAUGUCUAGUACAGGAGGAAUAAUGACUAUGAAAAGUGUAUUUAUGGUUUGGGGAAUUUCAUAUAUGGCAAUUACAGCUUUAAUUGCAAUUUUCAAAAAUGAAAAAGAUUACCUAAUAGAGAAUAAUGAAACUAAGCUUACCAUUUUUCAAAACUAUACUGUUUUAUGGGACAUUAUAAAAUUACCCAGUAUGAAAAUAUUGGUAAUAGCAUUGUUGACAUCGAUGAUUGGAUUUGCACCGAGUGAAAAAUUGGUGAACUUGAAACUUAUAGACGUUGGCUUCCCAAAGGAAAACCUUAUGAUUAUACAAACAGGAAUGUAUAUUAUAAAAAUGAUUGUAUCAGUGAUAUCUGCAAAAUAUACCGCAGGUCAAAAACCGAUGAGCGUUUAUCUAAACAUUACCCCCAUCAAAUUAUUUUGGAAUAUCACGUUUCUUAUAUUUAUUAUUUUUGCAACAAAUCUAACAAAGAAUAACGGCGUCGUAGAUAUUCCAAUAUACUACUAUGCAAUAUUAGUGGUUAUAGAAUUAAUAAAUGAUAUCCAGUAUUACAUAAUGAUAACAGCUUUAGUAGCUUUUUAUUGUCGUAUAAGCGAUGAUCGUUUAGGCGGUACUUACAUGGCAUUCUUGAAUACUCUUUCAAAUAUAGGAAGUUUAUCGUCAAAAUUGAUUUCCUAUGCUUUAAUUGAUUUGCUGUCAGUCAAGGAAUGUUCAUUCGAUUCAAAAAAUAAUUGUUCUACAUCACAUCUUCAAAAUGUGUGUAAAUUAAAUGGAGGAGAUUGUAUGACAAUAGUUAAUGGCUAUUACGUUGAAUCAAUAUUAUGUACAAUUGUUGGAACCAUCUGGUAUAUUAUUUUUAAAAAUAAACUCAAACAAAUGCAAUGUAUGAGCCCAUCUCAUUGGCAAGUUAAAGUAAAUAUUCAAGAACCUGAAAAUUACGAGAAUUCUUAUGCGUUGAAAGUAAAAACAUAGUCAUUUUUAAAACGAAUAAAACAUAUAGCCAAUAUUAGUAAGUAUGUACAAAAUAAAAAUUAAUUGAUUUUAUACAAUAUAUUUUAAGUGUCUAAAUCAAAGUUUAAAAUUACUUUUCUUUGAUUCGAGAAUAUAUUAAUUAUUUUUUGUUAAUUAUUAAAUGCCAUUUAAUAAUAUAUUAAUAAUUGUACACAUCAAUUAUAACUAUUAUGAAUUUAUGAAUAAUGAAUGUGUAGGUAUCUUAUUGUUAUUAAAAACUGUUUUUUUCUAUGAAUAAUAACCGAUUUUUUUAAUAUAUUUAUUUGAGCAUGGUUUAAAUAUAUAUAGACAUGUGAUACGAUAAUGAUAAUACUUAUUACCUUAUUACUGUGGAUAGUUAAUAAUAUGUGGAAUUCAUCAUGGUAAUAAACUUCAUUUGGUACUGGA